GGGAGCUCUUUGCCACAGCAAGCACAGGAAGAGCAGGACUAGUUGGAAUUGUAGAAUAUCCUGAGGUGGAAGGGAUUCCCAAGGAUCACUGGAGUCCAGCUCCUGGCUCUACACAGGACAUCCCACCAUGUGCCUUGAAGGUGUUGUCCAAACCCUUCUUGAACUCCAGAAACUGGAAUAACUGAAGAGAAGUCAAUGUAAAGUCAGGCAAUGCUUCUCCCAUCCCCUUCUUGACUCUCUGGGCUACCCUGCAGCAUCCAGUCCCUUGUAAGGACACCCCAGUUUUGAGUCUUGGCAGCUGGCACAGGGCAGGGCCUGCCGGGCCGGCGCUGCCUCGGCUCCCCCGGGCGCCGGGGCUCCCACUGAGGCUGACGGGGCUUUUCUGGAUCUUGCCCAGGUGGUUGGAACUCGUGGUCGGCUUGGGGCGACUGCACCAAGGACUGCGGGGGCGGCCUGCAGACCCGCAUGCGCUCCUGCAAGCCCCUUCCCAACGAGGGCCUGGCCUGCGAGGGAGUCCUGGAGGAAGGACGGCUGUGCAAUAGGAAGGCUUGCAAUACCAAUGGACGCUAUAAUUCCAGAAGCCAAUCGCUGAGGUCCACAGAUAACAGAAAGCGAGAGGACCCUGACGAACUGCAGCACUACGGGUACCCUGCACCUCAAAUAGGUGACCCUGCAGCAGAGGAGUGGUCCCCGUGGAGCGUGUGCUCGACCACCUGCGGGGAGGGCUGGCAGACCAGGACCAGGUUCUGCGUUUCGUCUUCCUACAGCACCCAGUGCAGCGGCCCUCUCCGGGAGCAGAGGCAGUGCAACAACUCUGCCGUGUGCCCAGUGCACGGCACCUGGGACGAGUGGUCUCCGUGGAGCCUGUGCUCCUCCACCUGUGGGAGAGGCUACAGGGACCGGACCCGCACCUGCAAACCCCCCCAGUUCGGGGGGAACCCCUGCGAGGGCCCCGAGAAGCAAACCAAGUUCUGCAACAUCGCUCUCUGCCCAGGUAGGGACAUGGACGGCAACUGGAACGAGUGGUCGAGCUGGAGCUCGUGCUCGGCCUCCUGCUCCAACGGGACCCAGCAGCGGACGCGGGAGUGCAACGGGCCCUCCUACGGCGGGGCCGAGUGCCAGGGACACUGGGUGGAGACCCGGGACUGCUUCCUGCGCCAGUGCCCAGUGGAUGGGAAGUGGCAGGCCUGGGGAGUGUGGGGCAGCUGCACCGCCACGUGUGGAGGCGGCACUCAGAGACGUGACCGGGUGUGCUACGGCCCCUUCUUCGGUGGAGAGACUUGCCAGGGUCCCAAGGAGGAGUACAAGCAGUGCAAUGACAGAAGGUGUCCUGAGCCCCACGAGAUCUGUGACGAGGAGAGUCUUGGCCCUGUGGUUUGGAAAGAGACGCCAGCUGGGGAUGCUGCAGCCGUCCGGUGUCCCCGCAAUGCCACUGGGCUGAUCCUUCGAAGAUGCAUCUUAGAUGAGGAAGGCAUCGCUUACUGGGAGCCUCCAACGUACAUCAAGUGUGUUUCUAUUGAUUACAGGAACAUACAGAUGAUGACCAGGGAGCACCUUGCCAAAGCUCAGCGUGGGUUGAUGGGAGACGGGCUGUCAGAUGUGCUCCAGAACCUCGUGGAAAUCUCCCAGGAUGGGACCAGCUACAGUGGGGACCUGCUGUCCACCAUGGACGUACUCAGGAACAUGACAGAGAUCUUCCGUAGGGCUUACCACAGCCCGACUUCUGGGGAUGUGCAGAACUUCGUCCAGAUCCUCAGCAACAUUCUUUCAGAGGAAAACCGGGAAAAAUGGGAGGAAGCUCAGCUGAUAGGGCCAAAUGCCAAGGAGCUCUUCAGGCUCGUGGAGGAUUUCAUUGAUGUCAUCGGCUUCCGCAUGAAAGAUUUCCGGGAUUCCUACCAAGUCACGGACAACCUGGUCCUUGGCAUUCACAAACUGCCUGCAAACGCAGCAACCGACAUCACCUUCCCCAUGAAAGGCUGGAGAGGAAUGGUGGACUGGGCCAAGAACUCGGAGGACAAGGUCACUGUCUCCAAGAGCAUCCUCUCUUCAGGGCUCUCAGUGUCGGACGACUCCUCCGUCUUCGUGGUUGGGACCGUGCUGUACCGGAACGUGGGCAACAUCCUCUCCCUGCAGAGGAACAGCACCGUUCUGAACUCUAAAGUCAUCUCUGUGACUGUGAAGCCAUUCCCUCGGUCUCUCCUCACCCCUCUGGAAAUCGAAUUCUCCCACCUGUACAACGGAACCACCAACCAGACCUGCAUCCUGUGGGAUGAAAAUGAUGGAGCCUCCGCCUCCGCCUCUCCGCCCGGCGCCUGGUCCUGGCGCGGCUGCCGAACGGUCCCGCUCGACGCCUCCCGGACCAAGUGCCUGUGUGACCGGCUCUCCGCCUUCGCCAUCUUAGCCCAGCUCAGCCCCGACAUGAACAUGGAAAAGGUGCUGGUCCCUUCUGUCACGUUAAUUGUAGGCUGUGGAGUAUCCUCGCUGACACUUUUGCUGUUGAUUAUCAUUUAUGUCUCUGUUUGGAGGUACAUCCGCUCGGAGCGCUCCGUCAUCCUCAUCAACUUCUGCCUCUCCAUCAUCUCCUCCAACGCUCUCAUCCUGAUCGGACAGACCCAGACCAGGAAUAAGGUGAUCUGCACGCUGGUGGCGGCUUUCUUGCACUUCUUCUUCCUCUCCUCUUUCUGCUGGGUGCUGACCGAGGCCUGGCAGUCCUACAUGGCCGUGACGGGCCGGUUACGGAACCGCAUCAUCCGCAAGCGCUUCUUGUGUCUCGGAUGGGGGCUCCCUGCCUUGGUGGUUGCCAUUUCCGUGGGAUUUACUAAAGCCAAGGGAUACGGCACCGUGAACUACUGCUGGCUGUCAUUAGAGGGAGGACUCCUCUAUGCCUUCGUGGGACCGGCGGCUGCUGUCGUUUUGGUGAACAUGGUUAUUGGCAUUCUGGUUUUUAACAAACUUGUAUCCAAAGAUGGAAUAACAGAUAAGAAACUGAAGGAACGGGCAGGGGCAUCCCUCUGGAGCUCCUGCGUGGUCCUGCCCCUGCUGGCUCUCACCUGGAUGUCGGCAGUCCUGGCCAUCACCGACCGGCGCUCGGCGCUUUUCCAGAUCCUUUUCGCCGUCUUUGACUCCUUGGAGGGAUUUGUCAUCGUCAUGGUCCACUGCAUCCUCAGGAGGGAGGUCCAGGAUGCUGUGAAGUGCCGGGUUGUGGAUCGCCAGGAGGAAGGGAACGGAGACUCAGGGGGGUCAUUCCAGAACGGGCACGCUCAGCUCAUGACCGAUUUCGAGAAGGACGUGGACAUGGCUUGUAGAUCAGUGCUGAACAAAGACAUCACCACAUGCAGAACCUCGACCAUCACGGGGACCCUGAAGCGCCCGUCGCUGCCCGACGAAGAGAAACUGAAACUCAGCCACCAGAAAGGCUCAUCCAACUUCAACAGUCUUCCAGCCAACGUCUCCAAGAUGCACCUUCAGGGCUCCCCGCACUACCUGGGCGCCAUCAACCUGAACGAGUUCAGCAACCACUCCCUCACCCUGAAGAAGGACAAGAACCAGCCGCCGAAAUCCAUCUACAUCUGCGACGGGGACAUCUUCAAGAAGUUGGACUCGGAGCUGUCGCGGGCGCAGGAGCAGACCCUGGACACCAGCUACGUGAUCCUGCCCACCAACACGUCCACCUUGAGGGCCAAACCCAAAGAUGAGAGCAAAUACAGCAUCAACAUCGACCAGAUGCCUCAGACGCGGCUCAUCCACCUCAGCAUGGCCACCGACCCCGGCUUCGUGGUGAAGAGCCCGCCGCGGGAGCCGGUGGCCAUGGCGUGCAGCGAGGUGCAGGGUUCCUCCAUGAUCCAGCAGCAGCAGCAGCUGGCGCCACAGAACGUCCCCAGCGAGUCGCAGAUUCCCAACAGCCUGUGUGACGCAGGGGACUCAGGGAACUCGGGCGUGGUGUCCAAGAGCGAGACCGUCUCCACCCUCUCCAUGAGCUCCUUGGAGAGGCGGAAAUCCCGGUACGCAGAGUUAGAUUUUGAGAAAAUCAUGCACACAAGGAAACGUCACCAAGACAUGUUCCAGGACCUGAACAGAAAACUCCAGCACGCAGAGAAGGAGAAGGAGUCUCCAACAACGGACAGCAAGCAAGAAAAACAGCAGACACCAAACAAGAGACCCUGGGAAGGCAUCAGGAAAGUCCAGUCCCCGCCAGCAUGGGUUAAAAAGGACAUGGAACCCGUGGCACAGUCUCCCCUAGAACUAAAAACUGUAGAGUGGGAGAAAACAGGGGCCACCAUCCCCUUGGUGGGACAAGACAUUAUUGACCUUCAGACAGAGGUCUGAGCAGAAAGGGAAGAAAAAGGACUUUUUUUUUUUUCCGGAAAACAAAACGAAACAAAACAAACCCACGUUUUAAAGAAAUGAUUAAAUUAAAUCGGAACCGAGCAAGAGAAGUGUUUGGUUUCUUUUGAAACCUUUGGUAAGGUGGAGUAACUUUUGUAUUGUUCUCAGCAGAGAGGGGGAAUAUUACUUUAUAGAGUAUAGUAGCUGUAGGUUCAGGACAACACGAGCUUUCCCAGGCAGGACUGGAGGAGCGAGCCUGGAGGAGAGCGAGGAAGAGGAGGAGGAGGAGGGUGGGGAGGGGCUGCAGGGGAUGAGCCCUGCCCCCGAGAUGCUCUCGGGUCGCUGCCGCACACCAGGAGCCCUCCAUCCUCUGUGGAAGGAUGCCCAGCAGCCACCACAGAGGGCCCAGAAGCUCGGGGUCGUUUGGGGACACCGAGAGGGGACACCUGCGGGAGCCUGGCUGGGGCAGACCCACCCUCGAGGGGCACCCCCGGCUCCCCCCGCCUCUCCCCCGCCAGCUCAUCCAAGGAGGAAGGAGAUGGGACGGCGCCAAGAGGUGGCCACAAGGACAUUGCCACCCCCGGGUGCCACGCCACGGCUGGGCAUUGGCUCAUGGUCGCAGCUGGGGGGGCUCCCUCCUCUCAUCCCUCCCCGGCGGAGGAAAGGACCGGCUCCAAAUCUCCAAAUCCUGCUCGCCCCAUCUCCAGGGAGAGGGUGGAAGGUGGUAGACAACAAGACCAACAAGAAGAAUGUAGGUCACGUCAUUGACUGUUAAAUAGAUAAACUCAGCACGGGCCUUGCAAAGGUCCUCUUGGCCUCAUCCUUUUAUUAUUUUUAUUUUAUUUUUUUUUUGUUCUGUUAUCUGUCCUUGCUUUCGGACUCAGAUUUAUUCCAAGCUGCCCCUCCCUGGAAGGCAGAGAGAGAAAAAGGGAAAGACAGAUCUGCUGCUGCACCUGGAGAUAUUGGUAAACAGAGACGUUGCCUUAGGACAUUGAGACAAACUGACAACAUGAAUAACGUCCACUUGGAAACGAACAGACAAAAAAAAAAAAAAAAACAAACAAA